AUUGAGCCUUCGUGUAACAGGGUCUGUAGGUCACAACUUCAAACAUUUGACAUUGAUAAAUGUGCAAUUUGUCAGAAGGACAAAGCCAAGAAAGCCUACGGCAAAGGAGCAAGAACAAGAGAAACUCUUACACUAAACAUUACUGAAUUUGGUGUUGCCACUUUGAUAAAAGCAGCCCGGUUUCGGAAUGACAGCCGCAUGUUAUUGCACAUUGAUGGACGAGACACUAUAGCUUUGGAGAUCAAGUAUCAUCGAUCGUGCUACAAAAAUUAUGUCCACCCAAAGCAACUGGCUAAGUUAGAAGAGCAGAAUUGUCAAGAAGAGGAUGCUGGAACUGGGGGUUAUGACAGAGCAUUUGGUAAGGUCAAAGAAUUUGUUGAAAAAGAAGUCAUCGCUGCGGCAGAAGCCAUUCCGAUGUCAACCCUUAUUGAAAAAUACACUUCCUUCCUUACCGAAGAAGGAGUAGAUGUAGUGACGUACAGGUCCACUAAGCUGAAGGACCGGCUUACACGUUUUUUUGGAGAACGACUGUCCUUUCAUCGACCUUCGAACCAAAACCAAUCAGAAUUAGUCUAUGGUUCGCACGUCAAAACAGGAGAGGUGGUAGAAACUGUGUUCAAGAGUACUUCGUCUGUUGAUGAAGAGUAAAUGGCAAACAGUGACAGUGAGCCGAAUUUAACAAAUGCACAAGACGAGGUAAGCUGUCAAGUUUAUCAUACGGCUAAAACAAUACAAAAGUUAGUUGCCAACAUGAAACCAACAGUGCCAUGGCCACCAUCAUCAGAAGAUUUAGAGUGUGAGAUUGAGAUGGUACCUGAUCUGCUCUACAAUAUGAUGGUAUGUGUUCUAUCAACAAAGUCCGAAUAUUCUGUUGAAAGAGUUUCAGACAUCUGACCGGAGGUCCAUCGCCUCGCCUUCUCUCUUUCUCAGGAUUUGAUACAUUCUGCCACUCGUGGACGAAUAAAAACACCAAAACAUGUCGUCCUUCCGAUUACUGUAAAGAGCCUGACGGGGAAUGUUGAACUGAUAACCAUUCUAAACAGAUUUGGACAUGGUUUAUCAUACUCCCAAAUAGAGGAAGUGGAGACAGCUGUGGCAGAGAUGCAGAUUGCAAAGCGACAGAAUGGGGUCUUUGUACCAAGUGUCUGCUACCCUAAUGUACCAGGCGUUUUCUGCUGGGAUAACAACGACCUACAAGAGGAAACCUUGUCAGGUAAAUUGUAG